ACUCUUAAUGUUUUGUGUCUCAUAGACUUAGCAUGUGGAUUUGGUUAACCAGUUAAAAUUCAUGAGUAAACCAAGUUUUUUUUUUUUACCUGAAAAUUUUCGGGGGGGGGGGGGGGUGAACCCCUAAACACCCCCCCCCUCGCGACAGGCCUGGCCCUGUUUGUUUUCUGUAACCAAUAUAGCCUUUAGCAAUUCUAUUCUUCCUGGUAGAUCUAGUGAAGCAAUAACCGGGAGAAACAAAAUCUGUUCACAAGAGCAGCAAGCAUUUUCUCAGCCUCAUAUUAUAUUUUUUUGAAACUCGAUGGAUACAAAAUAAUGCAACUCUGACUCUCAGCGAAUAUAUUUUGUUCGUUGAAGGUUAUAGACAUGUGGUUCUACCUGGCUGCCCUCUUGGGGCUCUUCUUCCUCCGUCGAUGGUACCGGGAGAGACAGACUGUGGAGAAACUGACAGAGAAAUAUGUCUUUGUCACUGGCUGUGACUCUGGCUUUGGGAACCAGCUUGCCAGGCAGCUGGAUGCCAAGGGCAUGCGAGUAUUGGCAGCUUGUCUCACCCAGAAAGGGGCAGAAGAACUAGACAGGAUCUCCUCAGAACGGCUAAAAACCAUCAUUUUGGAUGUCACCAAGACAGAAAGUGUGGAAGCAGCAACUGAGUGGGUGAAAGAACAAGUAGAGGGUAAAGGGCUCUGGGGCUUGGUGAACAAUGCAGGAAUUGCGAGUCCAAUGGCCCCCAAUGAGUGGCUGACCAAGGCUGACUUUAUGAAGGUGCUGGAGGUCAACCUUCUUGGAUCAAUCAACGUGACUCUGCACAUGCUGCCUUUAGUGAGGAAGUCCCAAGGAAGGGUAGUCAAUGUGACCAGCAUUGCUGGAAGGUUUGCUUAUUCUGGAGGAGGCUACAGUCCUUCAAAAUUUGCCUUGGAGGCAUUCUCUGAUAGUCUCAGGCGUGAAUUACGUCCAUUUGGUGUCAAAGUGAGCAUCAUUGAGCCAGGUGGCUUUAAUACAAAAAUCGGUAAUGCUAUAAUCGAGCACUCCAGAAUCCUAUGGAGCAGAUUGCCUGAUGAGGUCAAAGAAAUCUAUGGAGAGAAGUACUUAGAAGACUUUAUCAAGUCAUUCACUCAAAACAGGAGCACCAAGAACAGCAACUUCUAUCCAGUGACGGAUGCCAUGGAGCACGCGCUGACCUCCUUCUAUCCCCGCAGCCGCUAUGUUGUAGGUUGGGAUGCCAAAUACAUCUUCAUCCCACUUUCAUACUUGCCAGCCUCAUUAGGAGACUAUGUUACAACUCUUCAUUUCCCAAGACCAUCUGGAGCUCUCAGUGAAUGGCAGAUGCCUAACGCAAAAUUAAGAUCAUAGGAAAUUAUAGGUACAAGAAUGAGUUGUUAUGCUCAUUUAGCUCAAACUGCCAAAUUAGCAUGGGUUCUAAAGAAUAAAGCAACUGAAGAUUUUCCAAAAGAUUUGAAACCUUUUAAUUGACUUCUUGAGCAAUAAAAAUUUUCAUGAUGUAGAUAUAUGGUUGUGGGUAUCCUUUAUUCAAAAUACUUAGGACUGGAAGAAUUUUGGAUUUUGAUUCUUUUCCAAUUUUGGAAACCCUAUAUUUGCAUAUAGGUACAUGAUGAGAUAUCCUAGAGGUGGGACCCAAUCAUGAAUAUGAAAUUCAUUUGUUUCAUAUACUUCUCAUAUACAUCGCCUGAAGGUAAUUUUAUCCACAGUAUUUUGGUGCAUGAAACAAAGUUUGUGUACACUGAACCAUUCUAAAGCAAAGAUAUUUCACCCAUCCAUGGGGACAAUAUUGGAUUUUGGAAUCCCAGAUAAGGAAUAUUUAAACUGCAGUUAGUAGGAUUAUUUAGCUGAAUCUGUAAUGAUAAAAUAUUUAUUUCUUUUAAUAAGCUGGAAUUGAGGACUCCAAGAUAUACUACACUUCAGAUGUGUUUUUUUCCAACAUUAAUUUCUCUGAAUGUACAUUAAUUUGUUUGUGAAUUAAAUCUGGAAUGUUAAAAACCAAUCAAACAAAGAAAGAAUA